AUGAGAGCCGUCCUCGCCUUCCUCCUUACAGCAUCAGUCAUUCAAUCUUUCUCCCAAGCCGCUUUCCUCCCAGACUCUAUAUCAGACGCUACUUCGCGCCUCUCGAGAUCCUCAUGGGGCCAGACCCCCAAGCACGAAAGACCGCCAGUCCAAGACUCCUAUCCAAAGUACUUCCACGAACCAAAUGGUGACGAAGCGCUUAACCACUACGACGACAGAUACCACCAUCACGUCUUGGGGUAUGACGAGAAAACAGACACUCAGGUACACUUGAUACGCUCGUACCUGGAAUUCUUUCGGAAAAAUGGCAUGGAGACAUGGCUGGCCCACGGUACACUCCUCGGUUGGUGGUGGAACUCAAAAAUGCUGCCCUGGGAUUGGGACAUUGACACUCAAAUCUCCGUUGGUACCCUCCUUCACCUCGCCGACAACCACAACGCCACCUUUUACAACUAUAAAUCCGACGACACCGAGGUCGAUCCCGCCACAUCGAAAUCGAAGCCUAUCACAAGAAAAUACCAUCUCGAUGUGAACCCCGCCAUUUACGUUCGCAUGCGGAACAGUGGCGCAAACAUUAUCGAUGCGCGCUGGAUUGACGUUCGUAACGGCUUGUACAUUGACAUCACCGCCGUGGCUGAGAUACACCCGGAAGUUUCACCUGGCAUGUGGCUGUGCAAGAAUUACCAUCGCUAUCGAACGAGAGAUCUUUGGCCAAUGAGAGAAACGAUGUAUGAAGGUGCGGUCGCUAAGGUACCGUAUGCUUACAAUCAAGUCUUGAGUCGUGAGUAUGGCGACAAAGCGCUUGUUACCGAUGAGUAUCAAGGACACAAAUGGAGUCUCGCCGACCGCGUGUGGGUGAAGAAGACCCCCAAGGAAAUCGAGCAAGAACGUAACGAUCGGCAAGCUCAGAGACGGAAAAAGCAAGAGGAAAAGGCAGAAGAGCACAAGGAUGAAGAAUUGAGGCGGAAAAACGAGCAGAUCCUCGAGGACGAGGAGGAGAGACAACGGAGAAAGGACGAGGAAAAAGAGAAACAAAAGGAAACAGCAAAACAUGUGAAGAUCACCGAUCCGGAUGAAGCUGUUGUGAUUGAACCCGGCGAGGCUCCGUCUUAA